CCCUGACAUUAUUUCUUUCUCUACAAGGAGUGUUAGGAGGUUUGGGGGAGCUCACAAAGGCUCCUUUUCGUUUGUUCCAAAUACCUUGCUUCUGUGUUCCUCGGGAAUGCCACUGGGCUUAUGCAUCUGGUCUCUGGGAGCUGCAGUAGAUGGGCAUUUGUGACAGCACUAUGGGACUGAGUAACACUCUCCUUGUGAUGGCCCUCCUGCUCUAUGGUGCUGCUUCUGUGAAGAGUCAAGCAUAUUUCAACAAGACUGGAGAACUGCCAUGCCUCUUUAUAAACUCUGAAAACAUAAGCGUGGAUGAGUUGGUAGUAUUUUGGCAGGACCAGGAUAAGCUGGUUCUGUAUGAGCUAUUCAGAGGGAAAGAGAACCCUCAAAAUGUUCAUCCCAAGUAUAAAGGCCGCACAACGUUUGACAAGGACAAUUGGACGCUGAAACUCCACAACAUUCAGAUCAAGGACAAGGGCUCAUAUCAAUGUUUCAUUCAUCGUAAAGGGCCCAAAGGACUGGUUCCCUUGUAUCACAUGAGUUCUGACCUAUCAGUGCUUGCUAACUUCAGUCAACCUGAAAUAAUGGUAACUUCUAAUAGAACCGAAAAUUCUGGCAUCAUAAAUUUGACCUGCUCAUCUGUAGAAGGUUACCCAGCACCUAAGGAAAUGUAUUUUAAGCUAAAAACCGAGAAUUCGACUACUAAGUAUGAUACUGCCAUGAAAAAAUCUCAAAACAAUGUCACAGAACUCUACAACGUUUCUAUCAGCUUGUCUUUUUCAGUCCCUGGAGCAAGCAAUGUGAGCAUCACCUGUGUCCUGAAACUUGAGACGAUGGAGCUUCACUCCCUACCUUACAAUAUAGAUGCACAUACGAAACCCCCCCCUGCCCGAGACCCCAUCCUCUGGAUUGCCGCUCUACUUGUAAUGUUGGUCAUUUUGUGUGGGAUGGUGUUGGUGUUCUUUCUAACACUAAGGAAAAGGAAGAAGAAGCAGCCUGGCCCCUCUCAUGAAUGUGAAACCAACAAAGUGGGGAGAAAAGAGAGCGAACAGACCAAGGAAAGAGUACAAUACCAUGUACCUGAAAGAUCUGAUGAGGUCCAGUGUGUUAACAUUUCGAAGACAACCUCAGGCGACCAAAGUACUACACAUUUUUAAUUAAAGUCUGACCAUCCGUUGUUUAUAUGCGUUCACUUUCAAA